UAGCGUUCAUGGAUUGCUUUCCUCUUUUUUCUAUCCAUCUGAGUAUUUUUGAUAGCUUUUUCCCAUGCAUCCUUUCUGUUGGUCAACAACCAAACACAUCUCUCUAUAGUUAUUCACUACUCCGUGCAGGAAAGACUCUCUUUCUGUCUAGAGGGAAUUUUUUUGUCUCAAUCAAUCACUAUGUUUCCACUCAAUUUUCAUUACAGAGAUGUAUCACGUCAGGAUCCGUUGCUCAAACUGAAUCACGCCAACGUUAUGGAAGUUCCUGGAUCGUGUGAAAUAAGAUUAGUACCUAAGGCACCCUAUGAUUUAAUAAUAAUAAAUGGAAAAUUGGCUAUGGAGAUUCCGCGCGGUCAGAAAUUCAUACAGACACAAAGGGGUUCGACAGGAAAGUCGUUUCGAUCCAAUCCAUUCUUGGGGUCAAAAAAAGACAAAGGAUAUGUCAGUGACCUAGCACGACAAAGCACUCUCCGAGGGCAUGGAAUGUCUAAUUUUUCGGUCAGAAUAUCGACAGUAAUGUCUCUGUUAGAUUCUCCGGUCGAAAUACGGGAAAACUCUAUUCAAUUCUCGAUGGAAACGGAGUUUUACGAAUUCUCCCCGGAUUUGGAAGAUCAUUUCGAUAUCUUCGAACAUAUUCGAGGGUUCAAUGUUACUAUUGUAACUUCGGCCAACACACAACAUGAGACUUUACCACCGUGGAGCGGCUUUUUGCAAAAAGAUGAGGGAGAAACUCAGUAAGAGAUGUCGGAGAAGCGAAAUAUACGAGAUCACAAACGCAGAUUGCUCGCGGCUAAAUAUGAAUUGAGACGAAAGCUUUAUAAAGCCUUUUGUAAAGAUUCCGAUCUUCCUAGUGAUAUGCAGGACAAACUUCGUUAUAAGUUGUCCAAGUUGCCAAUAAA